GGUGACACGUACCUCAGCACUCUCAUCAUCAAGCUAUCCAAGCCUCGCCAGCUUAAGCACCUUCAUGGAGCGAUUACCAACUAUUUGGAUGACCUCAACACUGAGUGGAAGAGUCAUAACUUUCCACACAUGUCGGUCUUCUAUGUUGAUGAGCCACAAGAGCACCUUAAAUUGGAGGAGGGUUUGAAAGACUACAAGCAGAUGAGGACUUUUGGUGACAGUGGGGAUCUGGACCUGCACAGCCGAUUCACAGGAACAGAAGUCUGGCUGGUCGAUUGCAUGUGUUCAGUGAGGCAGUGGAAGGUGAUAGGGAAGAGGUCACUCUCC